AUGUUUAAUUAGUAAUACAGUUUGGAUUAAAGCAACUCUCAGCAUUCCUCCUAACAAUCUUAAACAUUUUUGGCAGUUCCUCGUUUAAUCCAAUAAGAAAUCCAAGCCUAUUAGACUGGAGUGUAGAAGCAUGUCAAUUUCGAAGACCCCAAUCAGUUGUAGAAGAGUGAACAUAAAGAAAGUUUGGAGGAAGGCGAUAUCUUUGGUUCCCGAUUGUCAAUAGAAAAACGAAAUAUUAACAAAGUGGAUGAAGUUGAGGAAAAUUACAAAUCUUUAAAGUUGUUUCAAAUAGAGAUGCAAAAUAUCAAUGGCCGAAAAUUGAUUUCCAAAAAUAGCCGGAAAUUUAGUGAUCAAAGUGAUAUGGGCUUGCGUAAACAUAGUGAAUAAUUGAGAAAGGCUUCAUCAUCCAAUUUCCCCUAAGCUUCUCCAAAAUUCAAAAUAUAAAUCAGUCCACUCCUACCCAAAGAAGACUUGUUCUCUUAACAAAAAUGGCCCAAAAGGUGGUUUUAUAUUAUUAAGUUCCUCAGCAAAAUUAUGUGUGUUUAACCAAACCUUCUUAAAUAAUCCCAUUUAAUGUUAAUAGAUGAUAAGGCCAAUAUCAUAUUUUAAAAUUGUUUUAUAUUUAAUCCAUAUACACCAAAGGUUUUAUGGAUUCGUUACAUCUUGCUCAUCAUGUAAAUGUUUGGAUUUUUGAUAAUCUUCUGGGAAUUCGCCUUCAGUGAAUCUUAAAACUUAUUUUUAGCUUUUUUUGCUUUAUCAAUUUUUGAAAGUUUAAGUAACUAUUUUAUUGGAGUGUACGUUGAUGAGAUGUACACUGAGAAUAGAUGGAGCAUCGCUCAGUAAUACGUAUACUAAGACAUUGUUUAUCUAACAAGUUGCUUGCUUACACUGUUUGUAUCUAAGUACUUUAUUUUAUUAUUAUUAUUGAGAGUAUAAAGACUCCGCUUGAUCAAUUCACAAGUAACAUAUUGCUUCAUACCUAUUCUGCUAAUACAUACGGUUUCAACACUUUACUCAAGACUUUCUCAAGAUUAAUUUUCAGACAGCAAUAUCUCCAUGUACGUAACAUCAUUUUAAUGGACAAUUUUCUAAUUGACCAAUAGUGGCAAUCCUUAUGAUAGACAACUGGAAAUCAAUGGAGAUACAAAAAUACCAUUGAGAGUACUUUCCAUAAUAGUCACGAUCAGUGGUUAUUUAAUUACAAUAUAUCUAAUUAAAUAAUGCUUAGGGUAUAAACCUUAAUAGAAAUACAAGAUUAGUGCUCAACUUAGUUAAAAUCUAUAAAGAUAUCAAAAUCGAAAUAAGUUGGAAAUUAUAGACUUAAGCGGAUUGAGACCUGAUUUAUAGUUUCAAAUGAAACAAGAGCUCUUUAUGCCGCUAUUGGAAAGUCUCCCAUUUACAAGAUCCUUUUUGUAAGAUUUGUCCUAGACAUUAAAAACUUAGACUUAUCCUAAUGGAACAAUAUUGCAUCAAAAAUAUUAAGUUAUGGAUAAAUUAUUCUUUUUGAUGAAGGGAAACUUUGCUUAAUGCAUAGGCAAUAAAGUGCUAAGAACCAAUAUAUUUCCUAUAUAAUACUUUUACACUCAACUCUAAUGCCCUUUAACUCUGAGAUGUUUAAGUGAAUCAUUAAUUGCUCAUGUGAGCAUCGAGGAAUUUUUGAGGUUGAUUAAGAUGCACAGCCAAGAUUUUCAAAAAUUCUGUAUGCUAAGAGAUUGCAGCAAAGAAGUAUGUCCUUGUUGUGGAUACAGGAAUCACACACUUGCUAAAUGCAAACAUGUAUUUUAUGUUCCCAAUUUCAAAGAAUUAGUUCUUAUUCACAACACAUCUGAACCUAAUGAUAGAGCUAAUUAUUAUAGAGAUAAUGGCAAAAAUAGGAUUAACUCCUUAUAGAAUAAGAAUCUAAUAUGCAUUACAGCCAUCAGCUUUGCAAUUACAAAUAAGAUAUCUUCAGAAACUGAUUUGACAAAUGAAAUCAUGGGGAGGUUGUAAGGCAGUAUGAAUAACUUUGAAGAUUCGAUUCUGAAUGAUUUUUAAGAUGAGAAAUCCUCUCGUUAUUCUUUGUAUCAAAAACUGGGAACUGUCGAAGCUCCAAAAACUAUUAAUUCACCUUAGGGUACUUUAAAUAGUCUAACUCAUCAAUAGAGUAGUUUGCCUCCUAUAAAGUUGGAGGAGAAGGAAUCCUCUUAUAAUAGUAGAAAGUUUGUGCAUAAACAUGUGGAUUACUCCCAUACUUAAAAUUCAAUCAAAGUGAAUUUAGUUAAGUCUACUAACUCCAAUGAAUUAUAGAUUAAAAGAACUCAAAAAAAUAGAUAAACUAGUUCUUCUAGUUCAUUAAAUAAAAAGGUGCAUUCCACAAGUAUCAUGUAGUAACCAAAAUCAUAAACUGGUUCUAUCAUACCAUAAUAAGAGGAGAAUGAGGAUGAUAUAGAUCAAGUGUGUAGUUAUGAAUAUUAUUAUCCUUCAUAUAAUAUUGAAAAUAUUGCAAAUGCUUUAAAUCAUAAAUUAAUGAACAAAAGCAUAUCAUUUGUUAAUUGA